GGUGGGGGGGGUGGGAUUUUAAUCACUCCUGUCGCUUUAAGGACACUUAUCAAAGCCUUCUUAUGCGAAUAGAAAAUACCACGAGCCACCGAGCAGCCAAAGGGACGGACCUGAGUGGAUUUAUAGGAAACUCUACAUUAUCUCAACUGGAAUAGACCGCUUCAUCGCCUCAUGGAGUUUGGCCACACACUGGAUGUCUUAUUCGGAUCAUUGAGGGAAUAUUGCGCAUAAGUAGCUCUCGGACUUGGGAUCCGUGUGAAGCGCAGAGAGGAAUAUGGGGAUUAUUCACUCAUCCAGCAGACACCAUCGAUAGCCUGCGUACUUUACUCGCCAGGCGGGUUUUGUUUCGGACGGAUAGUGUCCAGAGCUCGGUGUUUGACAGCCCUGGAUCAUGGAUCGGGGAGGUGGAAAACAACAGCGACAUGAUUCUCUGUCUGCGGCAUGCAGCGAGCUCCGGCUGUAACAUCGCUUCUUAUUAUUCCCACAAAAGUUCCGAAGCGGCUGUAAUGCGUAUAUUUUAACUAUUUCGCCGUGUUUUGCACCUGCUUUAGCGGACACCGCGUCGACACAGUGCGGAUUCGUGACACAAUAACGCGCUUUCCCACCGCCGGGAGUGGGAUACUUGAACCUUUAUCGUAAUGGAGAUUGGGGAGGUUUACACUCAAGGUCAUUGAGUGUUUUAAGGCUGUGUUUGUUAUUCAUGUGCAGCGCUGUCUUAGUCUUUUAGCGCAGCAGCCUACAAUUGUCAGUUCAGUGUGUGUGUGUAUAUGUGUGUGUGUGUGAGAGAGAGAGAGUGCACGAGUGUGUGAGUGUGUGUGUGUGCGUGUGUUGUUAUUACACGGUGCAGCCAGGCGAGACCCCCGCUGUGGAGUUAUAUUUACAUUUCUGUUCGACAACAUGGAUGGGAAAUUGAAGCAGGGGGGUCGCAGGGCCAAGCGGGAGAGGGUGCGGAGGUUGCGGGAGGCAGGAAGCAGAGACAGCCCCAACUCCUCCUGCUCUGACCGGGAGGGAGGACUCAGUCCGGGGAGGGACGCCGCCUCCCUGCCCGGUAAGAAGGCGCCGCGCCCCGCAGCCGCCGCCAGAGCCCCGCGGCCCCCCCGCAGGAAGAGACGGGAGUCCAGCUCACAGGAGGAGGACAUCAUUGAUGGAUUUGCUAUCAGCAGCUUCAUCAGCCUGGACCGUCUGGAGAAGAAAACCGGAGUUGUGAAGACCCAGGAGAAGAAGGAGCGGUGGAAGGAGAAAAAGGUGGCGAAGCGGCAGAAGAAGGAUGACGAGGAGGUGGAAGAGGAAGAGGAGAAUGUGCAGCCGGUGGUGGAUCCUCUGGAGAACGGCUUCCUUCAUCACGCCCAGCGGGAGCAGGAGAGGAUGACGGACAGGCUGCUGAAGAGGACGUACUCCAAGAAGAACAAAAUGAUCAAGCCUUUAGCGCUCCGCCCGGUCAAAGUCAGCGAGGACGAGGCGGUGCAGGAACUGAGCCGACCGCACAGGAGCAACUCCAAGGAGCAGCUCAGCGAGAGCUCCACUCACUCGCUGUCAGGCCGCGGCUACUCGGUGCAGCCAGCAGCAGUGGCCCUCCUCAAGUGUGACAGCCAGAGUGACAUUGACGAAAAGGUGUCUGAUGUAGGAUCGGAGAAGCUCUUUUCCCCCACCACACCCAAAGGUGUGCCGGCGAAUGAGUGUCCGGAGUCUAAGCCUUGCAGCGCAGCCAAAGUAUCGGGGCUCCAGCGCAGCCAGGAGCAGAGCAUCAGUGCGGUGCCCUUCACCCCCCCGGUGCCCAGUCCCACCCCAGCGUCGGCGCCUACGGGCUCCCCGGCCCCGGCUGCAGCGGCGGCCCCCCCAGAGCCCCCUAGGUCGCGCCUGCCCAGCCCGCCUCCUCUCAGCGUCAAGAGGGAGCACCAACCUCGGCCCCCUCUCCCCACCCCCCCCUUGCUGAGGGCUCAACCCCACCCUCAGCCACACCCGCCACACCCGCACUUUCACCAGGACCCCCGGGUUCUGCCGCCCCCGCAGCACCAUGCACGGCCAAUAAUCAGCCAGGUGCAUCACCCGCUGCAGUACAGCAGCCUGCACGACAUCAGCCACAGCAGCAGUCCGUUGGGUCUCCCCAAGCAGCACCUGCCCCCGUCCCCCCACCACCACGUCAGCGGGCUCCCGUCCUCCGCCCCCGCCUUGCCUCUAUCUAUAGCUAACCUCUCUACCUCGCACUAUUCCUCCCUCCGGAGCCCGGCCCAUCGCCAUCCGGCCAUGUUUGCAACCCCAGCCACACUGCCCCCACCACCGACCUUACCGACCAACAGUUUAGUGGUGCCCGGGCACCCCGCCGGCACCCCCUACCCAGAUACCAGCCUGUUGAUAUCAUUCAACCAACCUAUCAUGUAUUGCCAGCCUCAUUCGGGGAUUCUGAUUGGCACAUUGUCACAGGCAACUCUCUUACCACCACCAAUGAGUCCCCACGUAGAAAACCCUCACAGCAUGAGCUGGAGAAACAGAGAAUGCCAGGUGACUAUUUCCUCUUCUUCCCUUGUUGUGAAAACUGACUCGGCGCCCGUGCCUCUUUUUUUUUUUUCCUGUGUCUUCCCUCUCUCCCCCCCGACCCCCCUUUGUUAUUUCUUUUUGUUUUGGUUUUCCUCGCUCUCCUUUCUCACAGAGCAUGACCUCCUGAGGCAGGAGCUGAACAACCGCUUCCUGGUUCAGAGUUCAGAGCGGGGCCGGGGGCCAUCCGCCUCUCCACUGGCCCCCGUGUCGCUCCUGAGGGCCGAGUUUCACCAACACCAGCACAUGCACCAGCACCAACACACCCACCAGCACACCUUCACGCCCUUUCCCGCCAGUCUGCCCCCGGCCGCCAUCCUCACCCCGCCCACCGCACCCCCCAUGGUGCGUACGCAAGCCAGAAAUUACGACAAAUACACCCCCAAACUGGACAAUCCAUUCAUCAGACAUUCAAACUUCUUCCCCUCCUAUCCCCCCACCAUGCCAGGCAUGCCCCCGCUGCUCCCACACUCAGGACCCUUCAGCUCGCUGCAAGGAGCCUUCCAGCCCAAGGCAUCUAAUUCCAUUGACGUUACGGGACGUCCCGGAGCAGUACCUCACACACUCCUGCAGAAGGAUCCACGGAUAUCAGAUCCAUACAGGACGUCCGUCAGGAAACCUGGCAAGUGGUGCGCAGUGCAUGUCCAGAUCGCAUGGCAGAUCUACCACCACCAGCAGAAAAUGAAGCAAAUGCAGCUGGAUCCUCACAAACUUGACAUGAAUGGGAAGUUGGACCUGUUCAGUCGACCUCCAGCUCCUGGAGUGUUCCCAGGGUUUCCAUACCCUCACGACCUGGCACGACCCCUCUUCUCUUCCACAGGCCCUGGCCACCCUGCCCCCUCUCCGUACGGCCAUGUCCCCCACCCCAGCGGCUUCCUGCCUCCUAGCCAUUUGGCAGGUAAGUAUCCUUUCAGUCGCUCCAGUUCCUAUGGCGGCCUCGGCAACCUUUCAACCAGUGCCUUCGGAGGAUUAGGCAACCCCUCGCUUGGGUCCAACAGCAUGUUCGGCACCAAAGAGGGGCCAGGAGGAAUGCCCACAUUCGGCAACCCCCACCACGACACCUGGAACAGACUACGACGCACACCGCCAUCUUUCCCGACCCCGCCACAGUGGCCCAAAAGCGCUGACGCAGAGAGGAGCAGCUCGGCCAACAGCCACGAGAGAGAGAGGGAGAGGGAACGGGAGAGAGAAAGAGAAAGGGAGAGGGAACGGGAGAAGAGAGAGUCGUCUGUCGGGAAAGAGGAGAAGGAUAAAGACAGGGAUUCUGUGGACCGCAAUCGCCACUCCAACCGUUCGUCUCCGGCCUCGGCACCGGUCAGCUACCAGAUCAGCAGCCUGAUCCGCUCCAACAGCCAGAACUCCUGUGACUCGGGGCGACACCACAGCGGCAGCGUGGAUCGGGUACGCGAGGCGGAGAAAGAGCUGCUGGAGCGCCACAGAGAGUCUUCCACGCUGGGCGACGUGAAGGUGAAGGAGAGCCGCUCGCCGGGCAAGGAAAUGCUGGAGAGGAGAUCCUCAGAGGACUCCAUCAAAACCACUCAACGAUCUCCGUCCCCCUACUCCAAGGCGGGGAUCAACGAGCAGGGCAUGAAGAUGGCAGGUGGGCCCCCGCCUACGCUCAAGGACAGCGACCGGAAGGAGCCGCCGAUAGAGCUCCUCCACAAGGUGAAAAAUGACAUGAAGAUUAAGGAGGAGAGGAAGGAGGAGCAGGAGGUCAUGGUGGUGAGUUCUGAGCCUGCACCUCAACCACAACCCCAAUCUCUUCCUCCUCAAAUCAGCCAGACUAUGAACCCGCACCACCACCACCCGCCGUUAGCCCACCAGGCCCCUCUCCCCUCACAUCGAGGCAGUGACCUUUCAGCUCCAGGCAUGCACGGCGUCCCCAUGGCUCACUCUCUGCCUCUCUCCAUGGGGGGCAUGCCUCAGAUGGGCAGCCUUAACGUGCUAGAUCGGGCUCGUAUGGCUCCCUUUAUGGGUGUGAGCCCUCUUGCGGGAAGGGAACGCCUCCCCCACCCGUCCUUCCCCUGGGACCCGCUCCGAGAGGCGUACCGCAGCCUGGACCUGCAGCGGCGCAUGGACUUCCAGCUCAGGGCGGAGCAGGGCCACCGCUUCCCCAGCAUGUACGAGCAGGAGAGAGCGUACCGCGAGAGGGAGGCGCACGACUACUCCCACCACGAGCACCUGUUGGAGGUGCGCCGGGAGCACGAGAGGAUGAGGCAGCAGGCGGAAGAGCGAGAGCGCCAGCACCUGAGGGAGGAGCUAGACAGAGCGCGCCUCCAUCAGCUGCACCAGUCCCCGAUGGAGGGCCAUCUACCCCACAUGCCCCCUUUUAUGCCCCACCUAGGCGGCAUGCCCUACCCUAGACUCAGCCCCUCUACGGGACACAACGGCCCCUUGAACAGGACACCCCCCACGGCUGCAUUAAGCGCACCUCCACCCCUUGUGCCAGCUGGCAGUGCCAGGCCAGUCUCACCCAGGAGGACUACCCCCCUCACCUCCACCCAGGACCCCCGGGACUACUCGCCAUCUCGCAACCCCAAAGAGGUAGAGGCUCGGUAGCUUCUUUAAAAAGCCUGUCAGCCCCCUAAUCUGAACAAAAUGCACUGCUCUCCCCCAGGAAAGAGCAAACCUCCCUAAGGGAAAGGGUAUGAUUGUACAAAGUAAAGGUGUGUCAGGCUGAUUAAGCACAUGCCAUGACUUUAUUUUUAACGGACUGGAGGUGGAACAAUGUCGGUAAAGAGAACAUAAAUAUGUGUAUGUUUAUAUCCGGCUUAAAUAUUUGAUAAUUAUUAAUAUAUUAAUCAAAUACCUUUUUUCAGCUUUGUGCGAAAAAGAGAGGUCCUGAAAUGAGUUUGUACAUUUCCUAUCCUUGUUCCGUGUAUAGAUAUCAUUUCUAUGAAUUUUAUGUAUUUGUGCAUUAGUCACGCCUUUUACAAUAUUUAUCCCAGUUGACCGUGAGACAUAUCCAUUAUGACCCACUGUAAAGACUGGAUUUAAUUUCAACUUUCAGUAAUUUAACCUCAUGGUACCAGGAUAUCCUCAAUGAUGACAAUACGGAUUUUUGUUUUUGCCUUUGAGAUAUGCAGAUAAAUAUAUAUUAUGAGGUCUUUGUUCAGUCUCUGAUGUAAAUAACCUGUUGAUAUUUCUUCGCUGCAGAAUUACCGUGUACAUUUAUUAGUCUUUUUAACCAUUUCUAGAAAAAUGAAAUGAAAUUAAACAUGGAGGGGGGGAUCACGUCCCGGUUGGAUAUCAUGGAAACAGACAAGCCUGGCCAAUGGGUGUUUGACUGGAGGGUGUUGUAAGGGGGGCCUACAAGGAUCAUCUGCAAUCUAUGCAAAGCAGCACACAGCACCCUUAUGAACCCGGAGGGAGCGGACGAUACCGAGAGACUCUUGGAUUAACACAUGUUUGUAGAAAAAGGAUGGAAUUAUGAAAAGACUACCAAGUCAAAAACUGGACCAGCCCCGGACAGAAAAAUAAGGACACUUUUUUUUGAGUGGGCGGCUAAACGGACUUUCUCUGUCAACCUUGUGGUGUUGUGCAGUUGUUUUUCUUAGACUCUUGUAUACAAAACAAGUAGAGUUUUAGGCGUGCAAAAAAAUGAAAAUGAACAUUCUUGGUUUAAAAUGUACGGAAUAAAGUUUGGACCUAAUGUCA